AUGAUAACUAGAAGAAAAUUGACGUGCUUAGCUUAUCUUGUCGGUUUAUUUGUUUAUCUGUCAGAUGGGCAAAGAUCAUGCCCAGCAGUUAAUUAUAUAACUCCUAGUGAAGCCAGCACAGAAGGUGGUUCAGCUAUUAUGAUUUUUGGAUGUGGAUUUGAACAAAGUGCAUUUGUAUUACCUGGAUCGAAUUCUAACUCUGGGAAUCGUGUACUACUCAAAAAUGCCUGGCAAACUUAUAGAGCUGAAUUAAUUGAAGAAGGAGGCAGUAUGAUUAAAUUUUCUUCACCAAAACUUCCAGAAGAUACUUAUACAGUUAUGGUUAGUGUUUCCGGAAUAUUAAUACCAAAUGCAAGAAUGUGUUAUGGAUAUACAUGCACUUUAACAAUUAAAUCAUCAGUAACUCCUACUAUUGAGAAGGUAUCACCUAUCUAUGCUUCACCAGGUAAUGUAUUUACAAAUCAAAUAGGCUCAGUUAUUGGAUUGAAUGGAACAAUUUUCACUAGUCGAUUUAGUUCGAAUUUAGAUGUUUUCACAGUUGGCAGACCACAAAGUAUCAUUAGCUAUGGUAUUGGUCUACUUUCUCCUACAUCAGACAAAGGUUACAUCAUGUGUAAACGAAGUGUAUCAUAUACAGAAGUAAAACUUUGGAAUCAGUUUAUCGGGUUGACAGAAAUGAAAAAACUUUUAUGCAUCAAUCUUAUUCCGUUUAAAUUACCAACAACUCAAAAUAUCAAACCAACAUCCUAUUUGGUAUCAAUUAAAUCAAAUGCGAAUUCAGAGAAACAAGUCAUAGAUCAUUCAGCUCUAGUGAACUCAUCAAUUAUACCAAUAGCUGAGAUCCAAACAAUCACUAUACCAACGGCUGCUACACAGUAUAAGCUGUGCUUAUUUUAUUCGUGUACAUCGCCUUUACCAGUCCAAAAUCCAAAUGUUGACUUAAUUAGUCAAGAGAUUAGUGAAAAAUUGAACGGUUCUUCUGUGGAAACAAAAGUCGUACAAAUAACUAAUGAUUAUUUGGUUCUUCAAAUAACUUUUCCUGAAGAGUUUGGUGAUAUGCCACUGUUGGAUGUACAAAGCUUUCCACAAACAAUCAAUAAAUCACAGGUUAAUGAAACUGUACAAGGUAUGACAGGAUUUUCAAAGACAAUCAGACCAUCCUAUGGCGGUAUGUACUCAUAUAUGACCUAUACACUUGACAGUACUGAAAAUGAAAUUCGACUAGCAUAUCUCAAUCUUGGCUCAUCAUGGUGUCCUUCUAAGUUGAUUAACCCUACAUUUAAAUAUGCAGUUUUAGAUGAUUUCGAAACAUCAACACUUAAUACUGUUACAACAGAAACGGUUGCAUUUUGUGGUCGACAAUCUGCUUUAAAUUUAUUUACCUACCAAUUUGCUCAACUUAUCUCGGUUAACACCAAUCCUUAUUUAUGUUUUGCAAUAAAAGGAAAAACGAGAAACAGUAUAAAUUUCUUAUACAAUGCUAUUGGUGUAACAUCUCGUUUAUUGAAACAAACAUUAACCUAUUCAAUUGAUCUUACACAGCAAGAUGAAAAUUCUUGGAAAUUCAAAUGUAUUAAUGUACUACAAUUACUUCGUACAGAUCCACGCAAUAUAAAUGCAACAAUUUUUCAACUUGAAUCUUUUUCUAUACCACCAAGAAAGAAAUUUUACGAAUUGGAAUAUACUUUGUUCUUAGAUACAGUAUACAUGGGAACAAAACCAAUUUCCGAUAAUCCAGACGACGUUGUUACGUGGCCACGAUUUCCGAAAGAUAUAUUCAGUGAUAUUAAAAUAACAAAGAAUUUGUCAACAUUUGGUGUGUUCACAAUUGAAAUAAUAACAAAAUCAUGUAGAACCAAUUUUGAACUGUUUGGUUUAACUGGUGUGAAUAUGCCAAAUGACAAUAAAACUAUUAAUAGAACAGUAAUACUUCGGGAUGAAAGAUGGCCAGUAAAUAUUCAAAGUUCAAUAACACUAAUACAAUCAGCCUCACCACCUAUUGACGGAAAUUUCAUCUUAUCCUUUAAAGGAGUACCUACUUCACGUAUACCAGCAAAGUACAUGGAGCCAAGUGUCAUCGAAAGAUUGUUAAAUUUACAUCCAUUAAUGGGUACUGUACGUGUUAGUAGAUAUGGAUGGUGUAGAAGUUUUCAAUAUAAUUUUUGGCUUGAAAGUUUACCUGGUGAUCAACCUGAAAUAUCAGUGAUGAAUGAAACAAGACUAAUUGGUGAUUCACCGCAGAUUACUAUACGUAAGUCUGCUAUUGGAGAAUUAGUUAUGUGUCCGAUAUCAGGGGACAUGGUAGCAACAAAACACUCUGUUCCACAGAUUAGAUUAUACAUUGAUAAUUUCCCAGCCUACUGUAAAUCGUCAUGUGAUCACCAGUUUGUUGAUUUAUCAAGCCCUGUUGUAACCAAUUCAAUAGUACAAAUAACUAAUAAUAAUCUGACGUUGAUUUUAAAUGGAACAGAUUUUAUUGCCAACUCACCAAACUCUUAUGAAUUAUUUCUUAUGUUCAAUGAAGAACUUGUAUUAAAACAACAACCAUUUCUUACUACUACAACAAAUUUAUACUUUUUUAAUCAAGAUUUUAAUGUUAUUCCAUCUGGAUUACUUACGGGUCGAUUACGUUUAAUUGACAAAGGAUUUAUAAACGGUCCAAUAAACAUUGAAUUAGGCACGGAAGGUAGUGAAAUUAAAGAUAUUGUACAGACUGGAAUUUUCGACGAUGGAAAAGAAUAUCUAAGAAUAACUGGAUCACGUUUUCUUCCAAAUCAUUCAUCAGCAUAUUUUGAUGAUAUACCAUGUAAAAUAAUAAAUAUGACAACAACUGAAAUAAACUGUUUACUGCCUAUAUCUGAACUUUCUGGUCAAAAACUAGUAAAAAUUCAACAACACAGUAGUACGAUUUCCAAAACAGAAGAUUUUACUGCAAUACAAGCCAACGGACCAGUUAUUACAUCUGUUGAACAAACACAAAUCGCUUCAGUUUCCGGUACUACACAAAUUAUUAUAAAUGGUCUUCGGUUCACUCCUACAAUGUUGAUUUUUGUUGGUGGAGUAAAAGUGGAAAACUUUACAUUUGUUAAUGAAACACAAAUAAUCAUACUGGCACCUGCACAAAAAGUAAAUGGUGAAAAAACAAUCUCAUUAUAUGGUUCAUCUAAUGUUUUAAUAAAAUCUGAUUUUUCAGUGACUUAUAAAUUUGAAAUAGCUGAUAUAAGGCCACAAAUUGGUAGUUUUGUUGGUGGACAAAUUGUAAACAUAGUCGGUGAAGGUUUCAAUGACGAUGUGAAAGUUUUUAUGAAACCAAUUACUGUCGAAAAUCAACUAUGUAAUGAUCGACCUCGUGCUGAAUGUGAAAUACUGUCUAAAAAUUCGACAACAAUACAAUGCAAAACCACAUCCAUGGUUAAAACCCAUUAUAUUCUCGACAAUGGAAUUGAUUCAGUACGUGGUUUAGGCUAUGAAUGGCAACCGAAGGCACUAACAAUAAUUCAAGGUGAUAGUGUGGUGUGGAUUUGGAAUACAAGUACUCGUGUAAAUCCUUUAAUGAUAGCUGAAAUAUCUGGCCUUGAAGAUUUAACUCCAUCCGGCUCUGGAUUUCAUAGUGGUGAACCAACACAAAAUGGUGUAUACAGAUUUAAUUUUACACAACCUGGAACUUAUUAUUAUACAUCAUCUGAUGAAUUUUUAAUGACGGGUAUUAUAGAAGUGAAAGCAUUUGAUGAUUGUAUGACUGAAGUGAUCGUGGAAACAAAUUAUUCAACAGCUAUUCAUACAAAUAUUCCAGAUACUCUAUACUGGGAUUCAUUGACAACCUGUGAAGGUGGUUUCACUUGUCAGAUAUUAACAAAACCAUCCGAGUUACUUACAAAGCAUGGAUUUGUUUAUCGAGGUUGUGCAACACCAAUAGUAUCUUCAUUCAGUCCAUUUAACAUUUAUGCUGGAAGUAAGAUUACAGUUUCUUCUCCUGUAUUAGCUAAUUGUGUGGAUCAGUUAAUGAUCAAUGUUGGCGGGGCUGACUGUACACAACCUGUUCAAGAUAUUAAUGAUUCAGAAUCUAUUGAAUGUGAUUUAAGUGAAGAACAAGUUAUUUCAGCUGGUCUAUUAACUGGACAACCCUUAAAACCAUGUAUUUCACAUAAUCAUCUUGGAUUUGCACUUUUACAUGUUUCUACAAAUGAAUUUGAACAAUAUGCAUUUUUUUGGCCUGGAAUUAAUUGUGAUAAAACAUAUGGUAAAGGUAGUAUUUAUGGUGGUGGACAAUUAAUUGUAUAUGGUUCUGGAUUUGAUCCUAUUUAUAAAAAUUUCAAUAAAAUUACAUUUAAUAAUGAAAAAGAAUGUUCAAUUAUAGAAGUUACAUCAGGUUAUAUCAAAUGUUUAGUACCAAUACCGGAUAAUACAACAAUUGAAUCAAAUUUAAAUGUUACUAUACAAGUUCAAAUAAAAUCAAGAAAUCAAAAUGAUUGGAUAGAUACUCAACAUACUACUCAUAGUGAUUGUUUAUAUUCAUAUGAUAUAACAGCAACACCAAUUAUAAAAAAUAUUGAACCACGUGAAAUAAUCAAUAUUAAUCAAACUCUUACCAUUUAUGGAAGUAAUUUAUUAUUAUCCAAUGAAAAUUAUACAAAUCUACAAAUUACUCUUGAUAAUACACCUUGUAUAAUCGAUACAGAAUCAAUUUCUAUUAAUAAAUUAUCAUGUCAAUUAAUGAAUUCAUUAUCAUCUGGUUAUGUAACAUUGAAUUUAUUUCAUGAAAUACGCGGUUAUUCAAAAUAUGAAACUAAUUUAACAAUAAAAAGUCAAAUUACAUUUUAUACAAUUUAUCCAUUAGAAGGAAGUUUUGCCGGUGGUACAACUAUAAAAUUAAAUGGAAAUGGUUUAAAUGAUCCAACAAUUAAAAUUUUAAUUAAUUUAAAAGAAUGUCAAAUUAUAAAUGAGAAGAAUAGAACAGUGAAUGAAAUUUAUUGUCGUACACCGGAACAAUUAAAUUAUAUACAAUUAAAUAAUUAUAAAGUAUCCAUUAAUUUAUCUAAUGGUUUAUUCAUAACAAAUGAAUAUACAUAUGUUAAUAUGAAAACACCAAAAGUAAUAAAUAUUACAAUGAAUUCAAUAAAUAAUAAUAAUGGUACAUUAAUUACUCAAUUAAACAUAAAUGGUAGUAUGCUUAAUGGAGAUAAUAAUACACAAAUGAAAAUGACUGAAGUUAAAUUAAAUCAAACAUUAUGUACUAUAGUAACUAUACAAAAUGAUUAUAUUCAAUGUUAUAUAGUGAAUUUACCAAGUGGAAUAUAUCAACUUAUUGUUGAUACACCAGUUUAUGGUUAUGCUUUAUCAGAAAAUAAUAUUAAUAUUAAUUUUAGUUUGCAUUCAAUUAGUCCUAAUUCAGGCGGAACAGAAGGGGGUCAAUUAGUGGAGAUUCAAGGGAUAGGAAUGGAUGUUGAACGAAGUACUGUUACAAUAUGUGAUCAAGACUGUCCAAUAGUUGGUGGGAGUUCACUUGCACUUAAGUGUAUUACGCCUAAAUUAUCUACACUGAACAUAAAGAUGUGUGAUGUUACAGUGACAGUUCCUACUAUUGAUAAUGUAUUACAAAAAAAAUUAAUUGGAGCAUUCAAAUAUGAUGUGGAUCUUUUACCAAGAAUAAUCAGUGUAGAUCCAUUAAUUGGAGGCACUGGUGGAGGUACAAUCCUUACCAUAAUUGGUACUUUGUUUGAUGAAUCGACUACGGUUAAUGUUGGCGGUAUUGACUGUCAAUUAAUAUCACUGAAUAAUACUGUUAUUGUAUGUCAAACUGGUGAACAUAACGGAAGCGCAAAAGUACCCGUUGAAGUGACCGUUGAAAAUAAUGGCAAAGCAUCUGGAGAUUUCACAUUUUACUAUGUGGAUCGUUGGUCAAGUCAAUUCACUUGGAAUAAUCAACCAAUUCCUGUUGAAAAUGAUUUUGUUGUUAUUAAUGCAAAUCAAAAUAUCAUGUUAGAUGUAGAUACACCAGUUUUAUCAAUGCUACUUAUUAAUGGUGGUACAUUGUUCUUUGAUCCAACAAAAAAUAUACAAUUAAAUUCAAAAUAUAUAUUAAUAUUAAACAAUGGAAAAUUUCUAAUUGGAUCACCAGAAGAACCCUACACUAAACAGGCUACGAUAACAUUACAUGGACAUGUACGAGAAAAAGAACUACCUUUGUACGGUGCUAAAGUUUUAGCGCUACGUAAUGGUACAAUCAGUAUACAUGGUAAACCAAGAAUUAUUACAUGGACACGAUUAGCAGAAACAGCUGAACCUGGUACAAAUAAACUAAUACUAGAACAUCCAGUUGACUGGCAACCUGGAGAACAUAUUAUUAUUACGUCUACUGGAGGAAAAUCAUCACAUAAUGAAUCUGAAGAACAUAUCAUUCAAGAAAUGUCAGAAGAUAAUCUUACAAUAACGUUGGUUUCACCAUUAGCUUAUAAAAAGUUAUCAGUGAAAAAAAUUUAUUCAAAUGGUGUUAUUGGAAAUUUCGCUGCUGAAGUAGGUUUAUUAAGUAGAAAUAUUUUAAUACGUGGAACAGAAGAACCAGUUGUCUCAUCAAGUGUACCAAAAUGUCCAAGUGAUUUUAGUACAGAUCAAUUUGCAACUCAUACAUGUAUAAUAGGUAGUCCAGAUGAACAAUUGGGUGCAAAUGAAUAUGGAGGACAUGUACAUAUUGGUGGUCCAUUCGUAGAUAGUGGUGCAGUUAAAGUUUAUAUAUCACAUACUGAAUUUUAUUUCAUGGGUCAAGCCUAUCGUCUUGGUCGAUAUCCUAUACAUUUUCAUUUAAAUGGCUUAAUGAAUGGGUCUUAUGUACGUGGUUGUUCUAUACAUAAAACUUUUAAUCGUGCUAUUAAUAUUCAUAAUACACAUGAAGUAUUGAUAGAAAAUAAUGUAGUUUAUGAUGUAAUGGGUGGUGCAUUUUUCUUAGAAGAUGGUAUUGAACAUGGAAAUUUAAUUCAAUAUAAUCUAUUUGUACAUGUUAAACGUACCAGUAGUCUAUUAAAUGAUGAUGUAGUACCAGCGGCAUUUUGGAUUACACAACCAAAUAAUACAGUACAACAUAAUGUUGCUGCAAGUGGAACACAUUUUGGAUUUUGGUAUCGUAUGUUAGAAAAUCCAAGUGGACCAUCAACCACCACAAGCAUUUGUCCACGUAAAAUUCCUUUAGGAAUAUUUGAAAAUAAUACAGCGCAUAGUAAUGGAUGGUUUGCAUUAUGGAUUCAUGAGAGUUUUUUCCCAACAAAAACUGGAACUUGUGGAACAACGAAAUGGGAUAAGGCUGUAUUCCGCAAACUUACUGCAUGGAAUAAUAAUAAAGGACCAGAGUGUGUUAAUUGUGGUGGUGUACAAUUUGAAGAUAUGUUAUUAGUGAAUAAUGACGAGACAGCAAUAGAAGGAAAACGUCUUAUGAAUGGAAAUUUAUAUGAUCCGACAACGGGUCCUUUGUAUAGGAACAGUACAAUUGUUGGUUAUGAACCUGAUCUUAAUAAUGGAACUUCUGACUGUCAUACUAGGGCGGUUAUUUUGCCAUGGGCACCUGGUUUAACUAUUGAAAAUAUGGUAAUGAAAAAUUUCAACAGUCAAAAUUGCACAGCAAUUCAUGGAACUGUAAUUACAUGUCAAUGUAGAAAACUUUGUGGUGGAUAUGAAUAUUUAUUUAAAGAUAUAAAAUGGGAGGAUACCAAUAAUCGAGCUGAAUUUCGAUGGCAUGGUGAUUUCAGUCUUCGUGAUGUAGAUGGAUCAUUGACAGAUGGUAUUCCAAAUGUUCCAAAACUUCCUGGAUCUUUGGUCGUAGGCAAAGCAAAUCAUUUACCUACUGACAAAUGUGGUCCAAGUGCUCCAGGAGCUGGUGAUCUUGGGAGUGCUUUUGGUCAAGGCGCAGUUCCAGGUGUUCGUUGCCUACCUGAUGUUACAGCAUUAAGGUAUGCUGUUGAUCAAACAAAUCCACCAGUACUUAUGGGAAGCAAUAUGACUGUUACACUACUUGACGGUGGGACAGAAGAAGUGCCCUUCAAAUCUGAAGCUCUUACUGACAAACAAGGGUGGAUGACUACGUUAGUAAAUAACAGAACUUAUAUUGUCAAUUGGGACGCGAGAUCAUCGUUUACCAACUUUAGUUAUAUUGGUUACCUGGAAAAUUUCAGGCAAUCCGACUAUGUUAUAAUCCGUCAUAUGGGCAUGGAUAUUAAACCAGAUAGGGUUCAAGUUCUCUCUGGUCAAACACCUAAACAACCAAUAGCUGAACCUUUGGAUCCAUCUGUACAUGAUAAUGGUGAAGUGUUUUAUAAUGAAACUGGGAAAUAUAUUGAAUAUUUAGUGAAAGCCCCAGUUAAUCCAUCAUUAUUCAACAGCUAUCGUUUAUGGGUGUCAUUUUAUAAAUGCUUCUUUACUGAUUGCAUUGUUCCAAGUUCGAGUUCUGUAAGUGUAUUGGAUACAUCUCGACCAGUGGAUGCAUUAUAUUGGUCAAAGAAUAAUACAUGGGGAGAUGUGCUUGGACCUCAGCCAGUAAAUGGAAGCUCGCUUAUGAUUCCUAAAGGUACGUGGUUGGUACUUGAUACAUCAAUUAAUAUAAAAAUGAAUAAUAUUACAAUAUAUGGAACACUUGAAGUCGAUUCAGGAACAAGUCAAGAUCAACGAUUCUAUAAAUUAGCAUUUAAACAAAUGUUAAUUAUUGGAGGUCAAUUUUUAGCUGGAUCACUUCUUGAAAAACCAUUGAUAAAUGCAACACUUGAAUUAACUUUACUUGGUACUAUAUCUGAUGAAUUUAUGAGUUUAGAUGGACCAGUAAUUGGACCUAAAUCAAUUGGUGUUUAUGGAAUAAUGAGUAUGCAUGCAGUACCCAAAACUGUAAGAUGGACUACUCUUAAAUUAUCAGCUAAUGCUGGAGAUAAUCAAUUAUAUCUUAAUGAUCCAGUAAUAGACUGGUUGCCAGGCGAUCGUAUAGUUAUCGCUACAACUAGUAUGAAUUAUAAACAAUCAGAAGUUGGUGUAAUUGCUUCUGUUUCGUCGGAUCGAAUGAUCAUCACACUUGUAGACAAAUUAAUAAAUACUCAUGUCGCAUACAAUCAAACCUACGGGGAUCACAAAUUUAUAUUAGGCGCAGAAGUUGGUUUGAUGAAAUCAAAUAUUAUUAUCCAAGGUGAUGAUCAAAGUGUCAAUACUAAAUUUGGCGGAAGAAUCCUGAUUUCACAAACUCUAUACGAAGGUGAUAUUUUAUAUGGGCAAUUAAAAUUAUCAGGUGUACAUUUCUAUCGAAUGGGUCAAAAAGAUUUUAAUACUGUAACAGAUGCACGUUUUCCUAUUGCAUUUAUUAGUGCUGGUGAUAUGAAUAAUAUAUCAUAUAUAAAAUCAUGUUUAUUUGAAAAUUCUUUAUCAACAGCUUUAGGAGGAUUUGCAACUACAGGAUUAUAUAUGGAAAAUAAUAUCUUUUAUAAAACAUUGGGUUCUGCAAUAUGGUUAACAGAUGGAAAUCAUAAAUUAAUACAUAAUCUUCUUAUUGAAUCAAUCUGGUCUGGAGAACUAACAACUGAUAAUCAAAAUCUUGAUAUUUUGUUUGAAGCUGCAUUAGAUAUUAAACAAGCUAGUGAUUUAAUUCUACAAAGGAAUUCUAUUGCAGGAGCUGAACGCCUUUGUGUUUAUACUCAAGGUAAUCCAUGUGGUGAAAGUUCUACAACCAUUUGGGAGAAAAAUAUCAUACAUUCGUGUUUAAUCGGGAUUAUGCAGUUAAAAACACAGUACAAUUGUACCCUCAUUUCUAAUGCUCAAAUAUAUUCAGUUAGUCAAUUUCCAGUAUAUUGGAAAACAGCUUCAGCUAUUCAAGCCAAUAAUUUACAACUAGUCGAUAACGCUGGAGGUAUAUAUCCAUUCACUGGUUUGCCUGGAGGACGUAGUCAUGAGAUCAGCAAAAAAACGUUCCUAUUUAAUAAUUCAUUAUUAGUUGGCCGUAGUGGAAUUCAAACAUGUGACGACCGUCCGGAUACAAAUGCUGUUAAACUUGGAUCGGAACUUCUAGGACCUACUGCACCUGACGGUAGUGGUUAUCUCGGUAUGACUAGUGCACAAUUUAUGAGUGGAACUGGUGAACCAGAGAAAGGCAAACUAGUGAGCUGGAUGGAAGAUUUUUCCAACGGUGGAGCAGCAUACUUGUCAAAUUUAACAAUAGCAAAUUACGGUACUAUAUGCAAUGGAAAAAGAGAUUAUGUUUGGAGAACAGCUACACCUAAUGAAGAUGGUGUAUUUCCAACUUAUUUUAUAGGUACAAAAACUAUAUCAGUUGAUUUGGAUAGUAUUGUUUAUUAUGAUAGACCACUUUUAGCUAACGUCCGAUUUGAUAAAUGCAAUGAUAUGGAAUGUGAUGGCUUAAAAAAGGUUCUUGUUAUUGAUAAAGAUGGUGGGUUAUUUGGUCAACCUAGUGUUAUAGUACCACAAUCAGAAUGGCAAUAUAAUCUCAAUCCUUUGUAUGGUGUUGGUGAUAAUCGUAUACCUUCAAGGAUGUUAACUAAAGUUGAUGGAACAUCUAUUAAUCCUACAAUACAAUGGCCUAACAAAGGUAUUAUUCGUGAUAAUUCAUGUAUUUAUAUGCCUAAAAUGCAAGCAUACAAAUGCAGUAAAGCAUUAGACCAUAAAGUAUUACUGAUUGAAUCAAUGGAUCCAGAUGCAUUGGAACGUAGACUCUCACCGAUCGCAUUUGCAACUGAUGGUUUAUCUGCAAAUUACAUAGAUUUAAUAAAUGGUCCAAGUGAUCAUGGAGUAUGCUCAAGUUAUGCAUGUUUAAAACGUAUGAGUACAUUUAUGUCUAUUGUUGCACGUCAAAAAAAUUUUGUUAUGUAUAUGACUAGUACACCUCCACAAGAAUUACGUUUACGUUUACCACAAGCUGAUCCGGAUUAUGCUGUACGUCUUGGAAUUGAUUAUUUCACCGCUGGAAGACUUGAUGUUUAUGUGAAUGGAGUGUAUAUGAAAGCAAAAAAUGCUAUAACAAAUAAUUUAGGUCAAACUGUACUACAAGCACCUAAAACAUUAAAUGAAUUUAUGCCAAAUGUAAUAACUGAUCCAGCUGGUUCAAAUUAUUUUGAUGAUUCAGCUCAAAUGUUAUAUGUUAUUAUAAAAGGUGAAGAUAUUAUUACAAUUAAAUUAUCUCAAUUAAUAAAGGUAGCAUUUGGUUUACCCGCUAUGACUAUUGAUCAAUUUUAUGGAUCAGAAGUUGUAAACAAUUUAGCUAAUUACUUAGGUAUACCUGCAAAGAAUAUCCGGAUAGUCAAGGUGGUAUCUGAGUCCAGUACAAAUUCAGGACGUCGUCGACGUCGAUCUGCAUCUGGUGUUUUUGUUGAAUUAGAAAUUUCAACACCACCUAGUCAAAACUUAUCAACAGACGUAACACCAAAUGUUACAUCUGGUUUGACAAAAGUUGAGGAAAUAUCUUCCAACGUUGUAACAUUAAUACAAACAGGAUUAUUAGAAUCAGUUAUCAAUACAACAGUUGUCAGUGUAACAAUUCAAAAACCUACACCAUUAUCCGGUAGUGCAUUAUGGGCUGCUCAAGUUUCAGAUUCAACAACUUCACAACAAAUUCCUGAAGCUAUUCAAAUACCAGUAAAGAGUCAAGUUAAAAUUGUAGUACCUACAGGAUAUACUUCAGUUGUUGAAGGAGUUCCAUUCAUGAUAGAAAUUAGUACACUGGACUCUUCGGGAAAUAUUGUAAAACCAUUAGGUUCAAAUUCAAGUAUUUGGGCAUAUGAAAUAUUGCAACCAAAUGCUACAGUGUCACCUGUAAAAGUACCAAAAACAAAUUUUCCAGAUCCUACAACUGGAACAGCAUUAAUUUCCAAUUUGAUAUUUUCGGAAUCUGGUCAGGCUGAUCUCUUUGUUUCGGUGAUUUCACCAAAUGACUCAACCAGAUUAAAUACAUCUGUAACUUUUCCUGUAACACAAAAACAGCUAAGUCUACUUAUUCGUCCAAUUCCAUCUAAUUCUGAUAAUUCAAUUAUCAAAUUAUCUGUCAAUCAAAGCUUUACCAUUCAAAUGAUUAUUAUUGACAAACAAACUGGUGCUCCAGUUGAAAUGAUUAAUUGGCGAAAUUUAAUAUGGAAAUUCACUGGUGAUAUUUGUCCAAAUAGUAGGAAACCAAAAAAUAUUCCAAUAAAUUCUUCUUCUUCUUCAUUAUUAUAUGAUUCAUCUAAGACAAAUAAUAAUUUCACAUGGACUAUUAAUGGAUUUCAGUUAUCUUGGGUAUAUACAUAUUGUAUUAGUGCUAAUGCUUAUUUAAACGACAGUAUAACAAGACAAUUACAAUAUGAUUUACCAAUAACCAAAUUGAGAAUUUAUGUUAAUCCAGAAAAUUAUACUGAACCAACUAAAAAAGUAAUAAAACCAUUUCGAUUUAAAGUUAAUGGUAAUUAUGAAAAUAUGUUGCUAUAUGUUGAUGAAUUUAAAGCUGCUAUACAAUCUGAAUUAUUAAUGCGUUAUCCUAAUAUAUUAUUUGAAAAUAUAACAUUAAGUAAAGGUAGUAUAACUGUAGAUUUGAUUGCAGCAUCUGAUACCACAACUGUUAUCCAAAAUGCAUUGACCAGUUUUACAUCUUCUUUAAAUGAUGGAAGUGUUACGUUUUCCGUCGGAGGUGUUGAUUAUACAGCAACAAAUGACAAGACAAAUGCUGGAUGUAGAUCAACUGGUUUCCCAACAUUAUUGAUAACAAUUCUAUUCAAUUUAUUCAUUUAUAAAUUAUUACCUAGAAUUUAUUUAUUUUGAUUAUAAUUGUAGUUUUCGUAAUCAUUUUUAUUUAUUGUGUAUUUCCAUUACAUUUAUACAUUCUACAUAUCUAUGCACACUUUCCUACGAACAAACAAACUACACAUUGAAUUCGUAAUUUUGUCUUUUGUCAUCUAUUUUGCUAAAUUUAUUCUUCACCUCAAUUAAAGAACAAUCAUUUAAUCACUAUUUCAUGUUAUUUUUAUGUUUAGUUUGAGGAAUUAUUUUAAUCGAUGAAUAAAAAAUAAACUUUUUUUUCUGGU